AUGCGCCGGCGCUGCGAGACGCGCGAGGCCGUCGCCUGGGGCCUCGCGGCCUUUUUGCUCCUUCUAUGGCUGCGACAACCCGCCUGCCCCUACGUCUGGCACGGCGGCGCGCCCGGCGGCGAGCCCGCGGGGUCGUGCUGGGCGGGCCCCGACGGCUACGCCAUGUGCACGCCGUCGCUCGCCAUCGACCUCGUCAUCGAGAGCGGCGACGACGGCGUCGUGCUCGUGAGGCGGGGCGACAACGGCAAGUACGCGACGAUGGGCGGUUUCGUCGACGUCGGCGAGCUGCCGCGCGACGCCGUCGCGCGGGAGCUCCGGGAGGAGACGAACCUCGAGCUCGUCGGCGAACCGGAGCUCCUCGGCGUCUUCGGGGACCCGCGGCGCGACGAGCGGCGGCACACGGUGUCGGCCGUCUACGUCGCGCGGACCGCCGGCGAGCCCAAGGUCGGCUCGGACGCGCGAGCCGUCGUCGUCGUCCCCGUCGGCGACCUCGACGGGUUGGACUUCGCCUUCGACCACCGCGCGAUCAUCGGCGACUACGUCCAGUGGCGGCGGCGGCGGCCGCGCGCCGCGCGCGCGCGCGACGACGAGCCCUUCAAGCGCGGCGCGCCCGUCGCGCGCGACACGUGCUGCCUCGCGCCGUCGAAGGACAGGAACUCGCCCGGCGCGAGGACGAACCAGCACCACGCGGACACGACGCAGGCCUCGACGACGACGUCGACGCCCGUGUCGUUCUGCACCGCGGACCGGUCUGCAUGGGCGGACGCCGACCAGGCGGACGCCGACCUGCUGGCGGCGCUCUCCGCGGUCUGGAGCGAGCCGCUGCAGCGGCUCUACGACCGGAGCCCGAGUGCGCGGCAGAUGCUCGACGCGGUCAUGAGCAAGGCGCGACACGGGGGUUAUUUAACCGGCAAGCCCGAGGCGCGGUGGACGCGGAAGAUGGACGUCGCCGCGGCGACGCUGCGCCGGCGCCUGCGCGUCCUCGCCGCGGCGCGGAGCGAGCGGCGGCGCCGGCGGCUCGCGGAGCGCGCGCGCGCGCGCGCGCACCGCGACGCGUCCGGCUGGUCCACGGCGCACGAGGCGCUCGAGCACCUGUCGCCGGACCGCGCCUGCGCCCGGAGGCUGCCCGAGGUCCUCGCGGCGCUGCGGGACCACGCCGACGGCGGCGGGCGCAUCGGCGCGACGCGGCGCCGGCUCCUCGAGGCCAAGAGCGACCGGGGCUGGCGCGUCCUCUGGGAGCUGCGCCGCGACCGCGUCGUCGUCGUCUGGUUCGUCGUGCCCCACGACGCCAUCUCGCGGCGCGCGCGGCAGAUCGACGCCGCGGAGCUCCGGUCCGCGAGGCCCCUCGGCGACGGCGACGACGAGGAGGUGCCGCUGGACCCGCUGGGCAACACGCCCCUCUGCUGCUACGCCGUGCGCCGAGACGACCUGCCGCGGCUCGUCGCGGGCGACUGGACGCCGCCCGUGGCCCUCACGGCGCCGGAGCGGGCCGUCGUCGUCGCCGACGCGCCGAGCGCGACGCUCCUGCUGGGCCGGUCGGGCACGGGGAAGACGAUCUGCACCGUGAGCCGCAUGCUCUUGGACGCGGAGCGGUUCCCGGGCGAGACGCGCGUCUUCGUCGCGCGGUCCCGGCGCCUCGUGGACCACGUCGGCCGCAUGCUCAAGCGCCACGGCGACGACAAAGCGACGCUGGCGACGCUCGACGACUUCGUCGCGGGCCUCGCGGCGCCGGCGACGUACGAGCCGCGGCGCCGAGUUUCGUUCCCGCGGUUCCGCGACGACCUCUGGCAGCGCGCGGCGACGAAGGGCGGCGGCCUCGGCGACGCCCUGACGGCGUGGACGCAGAUCCGCUCCUUCUUGAAGGGCAGCGCCGAGGCCGUCGUCAAGGGCGCGGCCCUGGAAGAGGCGGACUUCCUCGCGGAAGCCUUCAACAAUCGGACGCGGCUGAGGAGCGCGGACGACCGGCGCGACGCGUGCCGCAUCCGCGCGCGCUACGACCGCGAGCUGGCGGCCCGGGGCCUCUGGGACGACGCGGACCGCGCGCGCGCCGUCGCGGCGCGGCUCCUCGCGGACCGGGGGGCGCGGGCGUUCGAUAGGGUCUACGUCGACGAGGUCCAGGACUCGACGCAGGCCGAGCUCAUGGUGCUCGCGUUAGCCUGCGGCGGCGACGCCGCGCGGCUCUGGCUCGCGGGCGACACGGCCCAGGCCGUGACCUACGGCGUCCACUUUCGGUUCGCGGAGGUCCGGUCCGCGCUCUACCGCUGCUGCGAGGCCGGCGGCGCGGUCUCGCGGCCGCCGCCGCGCGUGACGAAGCUCACGGCGAACUACCGCGCCCACGGCGGCGUCCUCGACGUCGCCGCGGCCGUGCUCGACGCGCUGCUCGGCGCCUUCCCCGAGGCCCUCGACAAGCGUCACGGGUCACUUUAUUAG